AUGCCUUACGUAUCUGCUGCUCGCUAUGGCAAGGACAAUGUCCGUGUCUGCAAGGUUGAUCGCGAUGCCUCUACUGGCAUCCAGACCGUCACUGAGAUGACCGUCUGCUGUCUUCUUGAGGGAGAGAUUGAGACCUCCUAUACCAAGGCCGAUAACAGUGUUGUCGUUGCCACCGACUCUAUCAAGAACACUAUCUACAUCACUGCCAAGCAGAAUCCUGUCAACCCUCCUGAGUUGUACGCCUCUAUCCUCGGCAGCCACUUCAUCGAGAAGUACAGCCACAUUCAUGUUGCCAACAUCAACGUCAAGACUGUUCGCUGGCAGCGUCUGGAGGUUGACGGCAAGCCUCACCCUCACAGCUUUUUCAAGGAUGGUGAGGAGACCCGAAAUGUGGAGGUUCGCGUGAGCCGACAGGAGGGCAUUCAGAUCAAGAGCUCUCUUGUUGGCUUGACUGUGCUCAAGAGCACCGGUUCUGCUUUCCACGGCUUUGUUCGCGAUGAGUACACAACUCUUCCUGAGACUUGGGACCGCAUCUUCUCAACCGAUGUUGAUGCUACAUGGAAGUGGAAGAAGUUCGACUCACUGAAAGCUGUCAAGGCCUUUGCUCCCAAAUUCGACAGUGCUCGAGAGGCAGCACGCAACGUCACCCUCAAGGUCUUCGCUGAGGACGACAGUGCUAGCGUGCAAGCCACCAUGUACAAGAUGUCCACCCAGAUCCUUGGGCUUGUGCCCGAGAUUGCGACAGUCACUUACGCACUGCCCAACAAGCAUUACUUCGAGAUUGACCUGAGCUGGCACAAGGGACUCAAGAACACAGGCAAGGAUGCUGAGGUUUACGCGCCCCAGUCUGGCCCCAAUGGUCUUAUCAAGUGCGAGGUGUCUCGCGACAACUUGCAAUCCAAGCUAUAA